CUUCCCCAAACCACCCCCUCUGGCCCACUCUGAUGUCUCUGUCGCCAGAGCUUGGGGCGACCGCCGGGACCAUGAUCGUGUCUCUUGCGCACCGCGGGCCCGCAGAGCUCGCCAGCUCUUCUCGUGCCGCGCCGUGGGUCCGCACGCUGCUGGUGCUGCAGUUCGCCUACCCCGUCCUUCUGCUCGUCUUCUUUCUCCUUGCCUUCACUAUCCGCAGCAUCAGGUCUGCCUCUAAUGCUAGUCUUAAUUGCGAGCCCGUCACCACCAGCGGUCCCGGCGGAAAACCGCUCCCCAACACCGACCCAACGCGCAACGCCCCCAAGGGCGAGGCCAAGGACGAUGUCACUCGCUCCCAGAAGCUGCUGUUCGGGUGGCUGUCCAUUGGCGUCGCCCUCACCUUUGUUGGCAACUCCAUCAACGUCAUUGUCCAUGCCAUCUACAACCGGAAGGAAGAGUGGUGGUGCGGCCAAAGCGUCGUGAUCUAUCUGGUUGGAGCCUUCUUUGUCUACCUGCUCUUGGUCAUCUCGCUGGUCGACUCGAAGCCGACGCCGAAUUCGGUCUACCUCGCCACUUGGUCCUGCGCCCUCGUUCUCGAGAUCAUCCUCCUAGCCGCCUCGCUCUCUAUAUACACGCACGCGCAUCGAGAGAAGCGUGCAGGGAAACCUCGCCAUGGACAUCUUCGGUUUAGGAUGACCGAAUGGGAAAUAACCGAGGUGGUGGUUGAUCUGCUGCGGAUCAUCUUGCUCAUAGCGCUGAUUGGCUUCUACAUCCUGUUCGUCACACUGCGCAACCGCAAGAAGCACGCGCAAGCCCAGAACGCGGCCGAGACUCAAGGGCUCCUCGCCGAAAGCCGUGCCGAGAACGGCGAGAACGGCCACGCCAAUGGCGACUACGGUUCUACCCUCCCCGUCAGCGGACGGCAUGCGCACACCGAAGGAGCCGGGCCUGGAUGGAGUAGGCCUGUCAAUGUCCCAUCACGAAACUGGUGGGACUACAUCAAAGGGUACCAUGUCUUCUUCCCCUACCUCUGGCCUUCCAAGGAUCGAAAACUGCAGAUCAUUGUAGUGAUUUGCUUUACCAUCGUCACUCUCCAGAGAGUGGUCAAUCUGGUAGUACCAAUAGCCGUGGGCUGGAUCAUCAACGAGCUCUCGGGUGAGAGUGGGCGAGGCGACGGUGGCAAAAUCAUGAUGCCGUGGUGGCCCAUCUGCCUCUACAUUUUUCUGCGAUUCAUCCAGGGCAACAACGGCGUACUUGGCGCCAUUCGUUCGUCCCUGUGGAUCCCCAUUGGCCAGUACUCGUAUCGCGAGCUUUCAGUAGCUGCAUUCGAGCAUGUUCACGGGCUCAGCUUGGAUUUCCACCUGGGCAAGAAGACGGGCGAGGUUCUGUCUGCCCUUGGCAAAGGCGCUUCUAUCAACACCUUCUUGGAGCAGGUGACAUUUUCGGUUUUGCCAAUGCUCGUCGAUCUGUGCGUGGCCAUCGGCUACUUCUUGGUCGCUUUUGACGCCUAUUAUGCCCUGGUCGUCUCCAUCGUGACUUUCUGGUACAUCUACCUCACUAUUCGCAUGGCCCAAUGGCGAGCUGAAAUGCGCCGCCAAAUGGUCAAUGCGGACAGAGAGGAGGACGCAGUGAAAAACGACUCGAUGGUUUCCUAUGAAACGGUCAAGUACUUCAACGCGGAACAGUACGAAUUCAAUCGGUAUCGAUCCGCCGUCGAAAAGUUCCAGGCUGCUGAGUAUGGUGUCUUGUUCUCGCUUAACCUGAUGAACGUCACACAAAACAUGGUGUUCAUGCUGGGCCUCAUGAUCACGUGUUUCAUCUCUGCCUACCAGGUGACAACUGGUCAGAGCCAGGUCGGUCAAUUUGUAACACUUUUGACUUACAUGGCGCAACUGCAACAACCUCUGAAUUUCUUUGGUACUUUCUAUCGCAUGAUUCAGUCGGCGAUGAUCAACUCGGAACGAAUGCUGGAGCUCUUCAAAGAAAAACCAACCGUUGUGGACAAAGAAGGUGCUGGAACGCUUCCAACAUGCGAAGGAGACAUUCGCUUCAACGAGGUGCAAUUUUCAUACGACAACAGGAAACCCGCUCUGCAGGGAUUGGACUUCCAUUGCGCGCCAGGAACCACCACAGCCUUUGUUGGCGAGUCUGGUGGCGGUAAAUCGACAGUUUUCCGCCUCCUUUUCCGCUUCUACAACAUCCUCGGCGGCAGCAUUCAGGUCGACGGCCACGACGUUGUCGACCUUACCAUCGACUCUCUUCGGCGGCACAUCGGCGUCGUACCACAAGACACUGUGCUCUUCAACGAAACACUCAUGUACAACCUCAAGUAUGCCAACCCCGACGCCACGGACGAGCAAGUGUACGAAGCGUGCCGUGCUGCCAGCAUCCACGACAAGAUCAUGGCAUUCCCGGACCGCUAUGAAACGCGCGUGGGCGAGCGUGGCCUACGCUUGUCAGGGGGCGAGAAGCAACGAGUGGCAAUCGCACGAACUAUUCUGAAGAACCCGCGCAUCAUCAUGCUCGAUGAGGCAACGGCGGCGCUGGAUACAACGACGGAGCAGCACAUUCAGGAAGCGCUCACGACGCUCGGAAAGGGACGUACCAUGUUGGUGAUUGCGCAUCGCCUCAGCACCAUCACUCGGGCGGAUCAAAUCCUUGUGCUCCACAAAGGCAAGGUCCACGAACGCGGGACGCAUGCCGAGCUCCUCGCGUUGAAGGGGAAGUACGCAAACAUGUGGGAGAAGCAAAUCCAGGCGCAGCGAGCGGCGGAAGAGGCGAAGGUACUGAAGGACAAGGCGGACCGGCUAAGGCGAGAAUCCAUUCAUGAUGACGAUGACAGUAGGAGCACCAGUCCCGUUGACAGUGAGGACGAGCGGGCAAAGGCAAGUGGUAGUGGAGCGGCGACACCUAAGGUUAGCGGGGGUGGAGGCCAUCAUCAUGGCCACCACGGACACUAGCCCUGUUUGAUUAUCUUUUCUGGAUUGUUUGGUGAGCGAGGGGCAUGGUGGAUCAUUGGUGGUCUACUGCAUUAUUUCAGGAGCAAGGCCUGGCGGUUCUGUUGUUUGCG